CUGCCUGCCUGAGAGGGAAUGGAGCAGCUCCUCCUCCAUGUCAGCUGUUGCUGGUGUUCGUGUUCGUGUUAGUCGUGUUGCUUCUCACACACAAGCGGACUUGUCCACUCUCGCUAUCCGAGCUUCACGACGCGAGGCGAGCAUCUUGUCCCACCAAGUGGAUCUUUUCUCUCCCUGGGUGGAUUAUUGGAGAUGGACUAAGGGAGAACCCGGGGCGGAUCCUCGGCGUGAGAAGACGACUUCCCCCCGCUCUUUGUGGCGUGGUUGGGGGCAGACCAUGGAGGAGCAAGACGCGCACCUGGAGACCGCGCACGCCGUCAAGGAGUCGGACCGACAGCAGCGACUCCGGUUGUGUGUUCUGAACGAGAUGCUGAACACGGAGAGAGAUUACGUGCGGACUUUAUUGUUCCUUCAGUCGGCGUUUUUGCAGAGAAUCAGACAAACGGCAGAUGACAAGCAGUGCCUCUCACCUGAACACGUCAAGAUGUUGUUCUCCAACAUCGAGGACAUCCUGGAACUGCACAAAGAGCUGUUGUCCUCCGUGGAGGCCGUCCUGCAGCCUGAACCCCAGCCCUACCACGCUCUGGGUCACGUGUUCCUCCAAUUUAGGGAGAGUUUUUCCGUGUACGGCGAGUACUGCAGCAACCACGAGAAGGCCCUGCGACUCCUCAUGGAGCUCAACAAGAUACCCCACGUCAGGACCUUCCUCCUGCACUGCAUGCUGCUGGGAGGCAAGAAGAGCACGGAUGUCCCGCUAGAGGGUUACCUCCUCUCUCCCAUCCAGAGGAUCUGCAAGUAUCCUCUGCUGCUGAAGGAGCUGCUGAAGCGCACCCCUAAGAAGCACGCCGACUACCCGGCUGUGGAGGAGGCUCUGCAGACCAUGAAGGCGGUCUGCUCCAACAUCAACGAGACCAAGCGUCAGAUGGAGAAACUGGAGGCCCUGGAGCAGCUGCAGUCUCACAUCGAGGGCUGGGAGGGCACCAACCUCACAGACAUCUGCUCCGAGUUGCUGCUUCAUGGAAAUCUCCUCAAAAUCUCGGCAGGGAACAUUCAACAGCGCGUCUUCUUCCUGUUCGACAACCUUCUGGUCUACUGUAAAAGGAAGUCCAGGGUUUCUGGGAAGAAGUCCACCAAGAGGACCAAGUCCAUCAACGGCCCGCUUUACGUCUUCAGGGGCAGAAUCAACACGGAGGUGAUGGAGGUGGAAAAUGUGGAGGACGGAACAGCGGACUAUCACAGCAACAACUACACGGUGACAAACGGCUGGAAGAUCCACAACACGGCGAAGAACAAGUGGUUCGUCUGCAUGACCAAAGCAGCGGAGGACAAGCAGAAGUGGCUGGACGCCAUCUUGAGGGAGCGGGAGCAGCGAGAAAGUCUGAAACUGGGGAUGGAGCGAGACGCCUAUGUGAUGAUUGCCGAGAAGGGUGAGAAGCUCUACCACAUGAUGAUGACCAGGAGCCGCCACCUCAUCAAGGACCGGCGCCGCAAGCUGAGCAUCGUGCCCAAGUGCUUCAUGGGAAAUGAGUUUGUGUCGUGGCUGAUGGAGAGUGGUGAGAUCAGUAGAGCUGAUGAAGGGGUCAACUUGGGACAAGCCCUGCUGGAGAACGGCAUCAUUCAUCACGUGUCGGACAAGCACCAGUUCAAGAACGAGCAGGUCAUGUACCGCUUCCGCUACGAUGACGGCACCUACAAGGCCCGCAGCGAGAUGGAGGACAUCAUGUCCAAGGGUGUGCGCCUCUACUGCCGCCUUCACAGCCUCCACUCGCCCGUCAUCAAGGACCGAGACCACCAUUUGAAAACGUUUAAAUCUGUGGUGCCUGCUUGCAAACUCAUUGACUGGCUCCUCUCACAGGGAGACUGUUCCACCAGAGACGAUGCUGUGACGCUGGGCGUGGGUCUCUGCAACAAUGGCUUCAUGCAUCACGUGCUGGAGAAGAGCGAGUUCAAAGACGAGUCUCAGUUCUUCCGCUUCUACGCCGACGAGGAGACGGAGGGAACGAGCGCCAAGAGCAAGCAGCUGCAGCGCAACGACUUCAAGCUCAUCGAGAACAUCCUGGUCAAGUCUCUGCUGAUUGACCCUGAGGAGGAAGACUACGGCUUUGACAUCGAGGAGAAGAACAAAGCCAUCGUGGUCAAGUCUGUCACCAGAGGCUCACACGCUGAGAUGGCAGGUCUGCAGGCGGGCAGGAAAAUUCACACCAUCAACGAGGAUCUGUUGUUCCUCAGACCUUUUUCUGAGGUGGAGGCCAUGAUCCACCAGGCCUUCUGCAUGCGACGAUCCCUGCGCCUGCUGGUCGCCACCAAGGCCAAGGAGAUGGUGAAGGUCCCUGACAACCCAGACGAGCUGUCCUUCAGACUCGCUGGCUCUGCCCCUCCUCACGUCCACGCUGUAAGAAAAGGCUGGGAGGCGGCGGGGGCGGGGCUUCAGCCCGGUCAGGUCAUCCUGAAGGUCAACUGCAACAAUGUCAAUGGCGGCGACCACCAAGACGUCCUGGAACACUUUAGUGCGCAACACACACACCUCCGCCAUCCUCAAGUGUGUCAGUGGGUUUACCGCACCUUCGAAGAUGUGGAGGAGCUGCGGCACAAGCAGACCACGUCUGAGGAGGAGGAGGACGGGUUCAGGAAGUACGACACUGACCACGAGGAGGAGAACGGCACCAAUGGAACCGAUUACCGACUAAGAAGCCUGUCGCUGUCCGACGACACACCGCUGGUCAACUUGACCGUGGACAACGUCCACCUGGAGCACGGCGUCUUCUACGAGUACGUCAGCACCGCGGGGAUCAAGAGUCACGUCCUGGAGAAGAUGGUGGAGCCCAAAGGCUGCUUCGGCCUGGCCGCCAAGAUCCUGGAGGCCUUUUGCAGCGACGACCGGCUCUUUGUCAGCAACUGCAGCCAGCUCAUCUCCCAGGGCCACAAGGUGGUCACCAUGCCCCAGUACGAGUUUCGACACAUAUGCGACACCAAGCUGGACAGCAUCCGACGGCGCAUCAGCAGCUACCAGCAGUUCUCCCUGGAGCUACGGAACACGGCCUGGCCCUCCUUCAGGCAGGCCGGCGUGCCACCUCACCCGCUGGGCUGCAUGGACUUUGUGCCCACCAACUGUCACGUCAACCUCAUGCAGGUCUCCUAUCCCAAAAGUGCUACCUCGGCCGGCAGGACCUUCAGCAUCCGCUUUGGACGCAAGAACUCCUUGUUUGGUCUGGACCCGGACCAAGCCCAGCUGAACCCCAUGUCACACACGCAGCACUGCGUGACCAGCAUGGGUGCCCCCUCCUGGAAUUCGACGGGCUUGGACGGCGAGGACAGCGAGGAGUCCCCCAACGGAGUGGAGGGCCCGACGGAGGGCGGCUUGAGCUUCCUGCUCAAACAGGAAGACACGGAGACGCAGGACGCCUACCUUCACCUGUACAGCCGGCUGGACGUGGCCGUGAGGGAGAUGAAGCAAUACGUGGCACAGAUCAACGUCCUGCUGUCCUCCAUCACAGAGCCCACUCAGCCCCAAGUGGAAGGAGGGGCGGAGCCACCCGUGUACGAGGCAGGUCAGCCGCCCUCGCUGGGCCCCUGCGAGGACCCCUGUGAGCAGGACAAGGUGGAGCCCGGGGGCAUCAAGAGGGUGUGCUUCAAGGUGAACGAGGAGGACCAGGAGGACUCGGGUCAUGACACCAUGAGCUACAGGGACUCGUACAGUGAAUGCAACAGCAACCGGGAUUCCGUGCUGUCCUACACAAGCGUGCGGAGUAACAGCUCCUACCUGGGGAGUGACGAGAUGGGCUCAGGAGACGAGUUGCCGUGCGACAUGAGGAUCCCCUCAGACAAGCAAGACAAGUUACACGGUUGUCUAGAGCAUCUGUUCAACCAGGUGGACGCCAUCAACACUCUGCUCAAAGGCAGCGUCAUGACCAAGGCCUGCGAGCAGACCAAGCACUUUCACGCUGACCACAGCCAACCAGAGUUUGGACAAAUGGAGGACUGGACAGUUGGCUGUCGUUACAUUAUACACAAGAACAUCCAGGAGGACCCUUGGAACCUUCCCAGUGCCAUCAAGACUCUGGUGGAGAGCCUGCAGACUUUUGUGGAUGACGGGAAGAACCAGCUUCUACUGGCCUUGCUCAAGUGCACAGACACGUCGCUGCAGCUGCGACGCGACGUCAUAUUUUGCCAGGUCGCCACGUCGGCCGUGUGCACGCUGACCGAGCAGCUGCUGGCGGCGUUACGAUGCCGCUUCAACAACGCCGGCGAGUACCAGGAGGACGGCAAGGAGACCAGCAGGAAGUGGCUGGAGCAGGUGUCCGCCAUUGGCGUGCUCAUGCACUUCCAGUCCACGCUAGCACCCCAUGUGCGGGAGGAGAGGACCAUGCUGGAGGACACCAAGGCGUGUCUGUGGGACUUGGACAAAGUGAGCGUGUUCUUCAGGCCGCUGGAGGACGAGUAUCUGCUGGCCAACUCUCCCGUGUGCUACCAGGUGGAAGGCAGCCGCCAGGCACUGAAGGUAACCCUCCACCUGGACAGCUGCCUCUUCAGCGAGCUGCCAAGUCGGCUGCAGAACGGAGGAAGCCUCAAACUUCACACGGUUCUUUUCACCAGAGCCCUGGAGCGUGCGGAGGGCGUGUCCCAGCAGGACUUGGCCGCCAUGGAAGAGCUGCAGCAGCGCACUGACGCCGUGUCCUUGGAGAAGGUCAAGGCCUACUACCGCAAACUCAGGGCUUUUUAUUUGGAGAAGUCCAACCUCCCCACGGACUCCAACACCACGGCCAUGAAGAUCGACCAGAUUCUGGGCCUCGAAGUCAGAGAUCUCCGACCCAACAUCGCCAAACUCCUGCGCCCCCUCAACACAUUGGACGACCUGUGCCGCCUGAUGCAGUCCUACGUCAACGUGCGCCCGGGCUCCCAGGGACACCCGUCGGGCGUCAGCGUGCUGUGCGUGUCAUCGGAGCUGUGCAACCGCCUGGGGGCGUGUCAUCUCACCAUGUGUGCCACGGGCCUGCACAGGAGCACUUUGAGUGUGACACUGGAGCAAGCCAUGAUCCUCGCCAGGAACCACGGACUCAUGCCGCGAUGCAUCAUGCAGACCAUGGACAUCAUGCGCAAACAGGGGGCGAGAGUGGAGCUGUCCGCUAGAAACCUGAAGGUGAUGGACCAGAUGCCGCCGUCAGCCCCGAGACUCUUCCGCCUGUGUCUGCCGCCCUCGGACGGGGAGCUGUAAGGAAAGACUUCCUGGUCGCCAUGGAGACCGUUAUUCACCUUUUAGGAAGAGCCGGAUUAACCAAACUACCUGUUGUCCCUUGGACUGCACCUCCUUCUCCUCUUCUAUUAAGACGGCAGGGCUCCACCCUAAUGAACAGUGUUUGGGGGGCGGGUGCAAUGAGUGUGCGAGUACUGUAUGAAGGAUGCUGACUUAUUUAUUGUUGAAUCAGCACAUUUUUAACCUCCAAUAACAUUCCAGCUGGCCCACACCAAUCAGCUGAUUUCAAUUUAUGCCUGGAUGUGGACCACCUGCACUUUCAGGGAUUUGAAGGCUGCCUUCACUCCAUUCCCACUCCCACUCCACGGUUCCAUUCAGAAUCCAUUCUUCAUUCAAAGCGAUUCUUGCAAUGUAUUAUUUGGUAUAACAGUUAUUAUUAUUAUUAUUAUUAUUAUUAUUAUUAUUAUUAUUAUUAUUAUUAUUAUUAUUAUAAAGCUCCUGUUUCCUAAAAAUACAAUUUAAAAAAUCGAUUCUUAUUAAAAAAAAAAUCCAAUUUUUUUUUUUUUUAGACUUUUUUUUGUGUGAAAAUUAUUCAUCUAGAAUCUAAAAAUGUUGUUUUUUUUCAAUCGAUUUUUUAAACAAUUAUUAAUUUAUUUGGAAUCGGAAUGAAUAAGAAUUGCAAUUUGGAUGUGAACCGUUUUUUUGUUGUUGUGUGCCCCGCUAGCGUUUACACUUGUGGUUCGGUGCGAUUUGGUUUGGACCAAAAACGUCACAAAAGAUGCAGCUUCCGGUUCUGAUUCUCGGGGUGACGAUUCGAUUCAGAACGAUUCUCGAGUCAAAGCGAUUCUUACAAUGUAUUAUUUGGUAUAAUAAUAAUUAUAAUACAACUUUGACAAAACAGGUUAGAAAAGCUCCUUAUGGUUGCCUAAAAAUGUAUUUUUAAAAACGAAUUAUUUAAAAAUAAUAAAUAAUUAUUAUUUUUUUUUACACAAACAUUUUAUUAUUAUUGUUUUCGCAUACAUACAUAUAUAGUUAUAUAUAUACAUAUAUAGUUAUAUAUGUAUAUUAUUUUAGUCCGUCAAAAAAUUUGGACACAUUUUAAAAUACUCUUCUGCCAUCUGGCGGCGAAAGUCGUCACGUUUCGUGUGUCAGGUAAACUGCGACGAAUCGGGCCCUCCCUACUUUGUGGCAUUUUUUUUAUUUUCUCUUACAAAAUAAAAGCAAAUAUGAAAGUGUCCCCCACAUACUUUACACUUUUACAUUUUGUAUUCAAUUUUCAGCUUUUUUUCAUUAGUUUACAUCUUUUUUCUUACUUUUUUCCACACUUUUUUCUUACUUUUUUCUCAGUUUUUUCUUUUAACUUUUUUCUUACUUUUUUCUUUUUUCUCACUUUUUUUCUUACUUUUUUCUCACUUUUUUCUUUUAACUUUUUUCUUUUAACUUUUUUCUUUUAACUUUUUUCUUACUUUUUUCUUUUUCUCACUUUUUCCUUACUUUUUUCUUACUUUUUUCAGAACAUUUUACGGGCCCAAAAAACUGGGGCUGCAAAUGUAUUCCGGCGACCAAACCACCUCGCAGCCCACUUCCUUUUUCUUGAAGCGCACCAAAGGUGACAAGUGUGAAUGAGAGAUGGCGCAUAAAAGGAGAGGCCAAGUGGGCGGGGUCUUGAAUCAAUGCUAAAUGGUGAAUAUGUACAUAUGUAGCAGCUGAAGGAGUGUUAGUACUGUAAAGAGUCGCUAUAGGGCGCCAGACAAAGGGAUGUUUGUUGUCUUACUUUUCAUGCCAAUUGUGUAACUGCCAGUGUCACACAUUUCUACGCACCCGGACUUUGACCGUCUCCAAUUGGGUUCCCGUAUGAACGAUGCAAAAGCCGCUAAUUGCGUAUUUGUCACAUUUGACUAAUGUACAUAUGAUAAAUAUUUGUCCUGCUUGAACAACAACUGUAUAAAGUAUUUCUAAAGUGUAAAUCUUAACACGCUAGCAAAUAAAAGGUUCC